CGUAUGCAGGUAAAUAUGUCUUUAGAAACAGAAGACGCCGUCCUUCGAGGAAACUACCUCGAGCUGACCCUCCUCAGGCUCCUUCUCUUCCUUCACUUUGUGAGGAUACAGAGGAGGAAGACAACAACGAAGCUCCACCUGUUGUUGCACCAGAGCCUGAACAGCCCAACUCUACCAAUACAUGCUCUGGAACAAAAUCUUCCACUGCCCUCGAAGCUGCUGCACUGGAAGCCGCUGACAAAGACAACACUCCCACACCUGAGAUCACCUACAUGAGCACUUCCAGCAGUUCCUGCAGCAGCAGCAAUAACUGGCAGCAAGAGACGGUAGAGGAGGACAGCCUAGAGAAACUGAGGAGCAUUGUGAGUGUGGGAGAUCCUAUGAAGAAGUACGUUGAAUGGGAAAAAAUUGCCAGUGGGGCUUUCGGAACGGUCUAUGCAGCGACCGACACUGCCACAGGAGGAGAGGUGGCCAUAAAGCAAGUGUGUCUCCAAAAACAGCUCAAAAAGGAACAAAUUGUCGAUGAGCUCAUUAUCAUGAGGGACAACAAGCAUCCAAAUAUUGUUAACUAUUUAGACAGCUACCUGGUUAGAGAUAAACUGUGGAUAGUGAUGGAAUACCUAGACGGAGGCUCCUUAAGCGCUGUUGUUAAGGAAGUAAGCAUGAGUGAAGGAAUGAUGGCAGCUGUCUCUCGAGAGUGCCUGCAAGCACUGGCGUUCCUCCAUUGCCACCAAGUGAUCCACAGGGAUCUCAAAGGCGAUAACAUUCUUCUUGGAAUGGAUGGAUCCGUCAAGUUGGCUGAUUUUGGUCUCGCUGCUCGCAUCACACCUGAGCAGAGCAAACGAAGCUCAGUCGUCGGCACAGCGCAUUGGAUGGCCCCCGAAUAUCUAACGAAAGAGGAAUACGGACCCAAAGUGGAUAUUUGGGCACUGGGCAUCACAGUGAUAGAAAUGCUGGAAGGAGAACCUCCUUAUUUUUGGGAGCUUCCUCACAGGGCCCUGCAGCUCAUCAUUUUAAAGGGGAUACCGGAGCUGCAAAACCGCGAGAAACUGUCCCCUGCAUUGCAGGACUUUCUGAAACGCUGCUUGCAGGCAGACGAGGACAGUCGAUGGUCUGCUGAGCAACUUCUGCAGCAUCCAUUUUUACUCUCAGCCAUGCCCCUCUCCGGCCUGACAACUCUGAUCAAUGCAGCGAGGCAGCUGAGGGAGGCCAGCAGACAGAGGAAGGGUUUUGGGAUGCCUUCCUUCAGUUCCAGUGAUGGGUGGAACUCAGAAGAAAACUGA